UUUAUUUCACUUGUUUACGUCAUGAUUGCUUUACAUAAGUAUUCUAAUCCAAUAUUGGAAAAAAUGGAAAAACAGAAUCAAUUUUUAACACUUAUUCAAUUAUGUAUUCCAACGGCUGUUAUUUAUUUGAUUGGAUUUUAUAUUUAUUUCCAUGCAUAUUUGAAUUUUCUUGGUGAAGUAAUGAAAUUCUCUGACAGGGAAUUUUAUGGUCCCGUAUGGAAUUCUAAUUCAAUAUUAGAUUAUUGGAGAAAUUGGAAUAAAAGAUUUACUCAAUGGUGUAAAAGGCAUCUUUACAUACCUUUAAUUAAAUUAGGCUGGACUAAAUUUUGGGCACAAGAAGUAGUCUUUGUACUUUCUGAUUUGUUUCAUGCUUAUGCAUAUUAUUUUGCAUUCAAAAAAGUUCUUAUUGGAGGAAUGAUGACACAACCAUUAUUUGGAAGGUUAUUAGAGCGAAUUAUUGGGCAUGGACGUUGUGGAAAUUUCCUUUUCUGGUUUUAUAUUAUUUUCACACAUGCAGGAGCGAGUAUUUUUCUAUAUGAACAUCUAAAAAAUAAACUGUCAUAA